GAUGACAAAGUUUAUGACAGUGUUGCACAAUCCCGUCAGAUAGCAGUGUACUGGUAUUUACCCUUGGGAGGGCUAUUCCAAAGUGAUAAGGUGGGCCACAUUUGAGAUUAGAUUUAGGAUGGCAGGGCGGCACUGUAAUCAUAAUCUGAGGGAAGACAACAUUGGUCCCAGUGGAGUGUCCUGAGCUGUGUAAAGUGAGAGCUGGUGCUCUACUAAAAAGUGAUGAAGAGACAGAGGUCCUGGGGGGACUGGGAGCUCCUGGGAAACAACACAGACGACAACACAGACAACAGUGAACAGGAUGAGUCCUUGUCUCUGAGGUCGUCUUGGUCCCUGGCGGACACGAUGAACUACGUUGGCCAGCUGGCAGGUCAGGUGCUGGUAACCGUCAAAGAACUGUAUAAAGGCAUUAAUCAGGCCACGCUGUCGGGCUGCAUUGAUGUUGUUGUUGUCCGCCAGAGGGAUGGCACCUACCAGUGCUCACCAUUCCAUGUGCGCUUCGGCAAGCUGGGUGUACUGCGCUCCAAAGAGAAAGUGAUUGACAUUGAAGUGAAUGGAGAGCCAGUGGAGCUGCACAUGAAGCUUGGUGACAAUGGAGAGGCCUUUUUUGUCCAGGAAGCUGAGCAGCUGAAUCAGAUUGUCCCUGCCCACCUGGCCACCUCUCCAAUCCCCACCGAGAGUCACCUAUUCUGGAUCUCAGAGGUUGAGCACAGGCCACCAAAGGAUCUGGAGGAUGACCCCGCUGACCCAGAGGACCCACCCGAGCCUCCUGCUCCGAGCACCAUGGCCACAAAAAAGAAGAAACGACGGAGGAAGAAGCAUAAAGGAGACCCCCGAAGAGAGGAGCUGACCCCGCCCAUGUCAGUCACUACCAGUAAUGCUAUUGCUGCUAACACACCUGCUGCUACGACUGCUGCUAUGUCCAGCACUGGGCAAAAUGAAGAGAUCUUUGAGAUGGACAUGAGCUCUGACGAGGAAGCUGCUGCACAUGUCUCAAGGUCACCUUCAGUGACCACAAUGCGAGAUAUUGACCCCAAAUUACCCGCAGCUAGACACAGCCUCGAUGGUUAUCCAAUGUCUGAUGGGGACUGGCCUGCGAAUGACAGUCACGGCUUGUCUCAGGCCUUUUCCCCAAAGAGUGACUCCGAGCUGAUGGUCAGGCCCUCAGAGAGUUUACUCAGAGCUGAGUCCCACAUGCAGUGGACCUGGGGGGAGUUUCCAGAAACAACCAGGGUCACCAAAAAAGAGAAACCAGAGCUUAUAAAAACCGUGACCAUCACCCCAUCAGAGAGCACCCACUUCCGCGUCAUCCUCAGCUCUGAGGCCAUGGAGAACGAGUCUGAGAUCGAAAGGGGAGAGGGUGCCUCCUCCUCCUCCUCCUCAGUGUGUACCAUUGUUAAGCCCGAGCCACGCACCCCUAUUACCACUAUGACACCUGUGAUUCCUCUGGCAUCUGUUGGUACCAUAACCUCUGUAAGUCCUGUUUCCCCCACGGAGCCCCUGGAUGUUUUGCCACCCAAUGUAGCAACCUCCACCCCUUUCAGCAGCCAACAGAGUGAUUCACCCUCAAAGAAGAAAGGUGUCCCAAAGAGGAGCCAGCAUCAGGGUCCUGAGGAUAUCUACCUAGAUGACCUGAAUGUACUUGAACCUGAUGUUGCUGCACGAUAUUUUCCUAAGAGCGAGUCUGAGGCAGCGACAAAGCACUGGAUGGACUCAGAGAUGCACUCUGGUUCACAGUCCCCGCAGUCGGUGGGCAGUGCAGCUGCUGACAGCGGGACAGAGUGUCUGUCUGACUCAGCUAGUGACCUCCCAGACGUCACUCUUUCUCUGUGCGGAGGCCUCACAGAAAAUGCUGAAAUAUCCAAAGAAAGGUUCAUGGAGCACAUCAUCACCUAUCAUGAAUUUGCUGAAAACCCAGCAAUUAUAGAUAACCCCAACCUGGUUGUAAAGAUAGGAAAUAGAUAUUAUAAUUGGGCACUAGCUGCACCCUUGAUUUUAAGUCUACAAGCAUUUCAGAAGAACUUACCAAAGGCUACAGAGGAGGCCUGGGUGAAGGAGAAAAUGCCAAAGAAGUCAGGACGCUGGUGGUUCUGGCGAAAAAGGGCAGAUAGUGCAAUCAAGCAGUCAGAGACGAAGCUUGAAACCAAGGAGGAGUCUCAUCUGGAAGAGGAAGGAUCUUCCAUGUCUCAGGAGAAACUGCCCUUGCCGCCUAAAGCAGGAGACUCAUCCAGCGAUGAAGAGGCCAAGGAGGUGAGCGCUGCAUCCUGUCAGGAGAGACUGCAGCCAGUAGAUGGUCAGCACCACCCCAGCCCACACACUUACAGGAAGUCACUACGCCUCUCCUCUGAUCAGAUAGCCAGUCUGAAACUGAAGGAGGGACCUAACGAUGUGACGUUCAGCAUCACCACUCAAUACCAGGGCACAUGUCGCUGCGAGGGCACCAUCUACCUGUGGAACUGGGACGACAAAGUCAUUAUCUCUGACAUCGAUGGCACUAUCACCAAGUCAGAUGUGUUUGGGCAGAUCCUGCCACAGCUGGGGAAGGACUGGACCCACCAGGGCAUUGCAAAGCUCUACCACUCAGUAGCUGAAAACGGCUACAAGUUCUUAUACUGCUCAGCGCGGGCUAUUGGCAUGGCAGACAUGACAAGAGGUUACCUGCAGUGGGUCAAUGACGGAGGCAUCAUUCUACCCCGAGGACCUCUCAUGCUGUCUCCCAGCAGCCUUUUCUCCGCCUUCCACAGGGAGGUGAUUGAGAAGAAACCAGAGAUCUUCAAGAUUGAAUGCCUUACAGAUAUCAAGAACCUGUUCCAGCAUAACAAGCAGCCAUUCUACGCCGCCUUUGGGAAUAGAGCUAAUGAUGUGUUUGCCUAUAAGGAGGUGGGAGUUCCAGUGUGUCGGAUCUUCACAGUCAACCCAAAGGGAGAGCUGAUCCAGGAGCAGACCAAGGGCAACAAGUCCUCUUACAGUCGGCUUAGUGAGCUGGUGGAGCAUGUGUUCCCUCUGCUGAGUAAGGAGCAGAACGAGGCCUUUGUCCUGCCCGAGUACAGCUCUUUCUGUUACUGGAGACAGCCCAUACCAGAGUUCAACCCUGAUGAACUGCUCUAAUCCAGCACAUAUGGAUAUCCAGGUGCUCAUAUACAUGCAACUGGGCUGUGCACUUAAAUGCAUCUCCAGAAAACACAUGGACUGAAACCUAAACUUUCAUAUAUAGUUCUCAGACAUGCACACACAGUAACAGGGUUAUCACCAUAAACACAAAAUAAGCUGGUAAACAGUAAUUAUAGUUGAGUGGAAGUUAAAUCCUGAUGAAUAAUCCCCUUAAAAUUGUCACCCCCGGGAGACGAUACUAAUCACCACGUAAAUGAUCAUGUUUCCUCUUGCCUGUGAAGGAAUACGAACCCAGCAAGCAUUCUGUAGUCCCCAUCACAGCACAGGGAUAAAGAUCUGAGAUUUCUCUCUGUAACUUCUAGCAAACAGGAUGGUCUGCAUUUGCCAUCAGGGACACGACUGAAGCCCCACGCGAGGCAUUAGCCCUUAGCACCAGAGUGUGCGCUGCGCAGAAGGAAAAGACAUUGUUUUUCUUGAAUCAAGUUUUUCACAUUUCCUGAACGCCCUGAAGAAGUGAUAUGAAAUGUUCAAAGCAGGAAGGACACACAGGGUAGGAAGUUAAAACCGACGCCAGAAAUAGUUUGCUGUGGCUGCUGUAUUUGCGCAGACGCAUGUGUCCAUUCUUUAUUCUGUCCUGUAACAUCAAGUAAAAUAGUGAUAGUGGCAGGUAAACAACUGCUACGAACCAUACACAGCAGUUAGUUUACACAAAGCUACAGUUAGUGUAGUUUUGUUCCCAACUCUCUCUGCUGCGUGGUCAUUAGUUGGAACAGAUUUCAGAUCACCACUUUCCCCCUGUAGAGUUUAAGACACUUGUACUGACUGAGUCAUGUUAGGUAUUGUUAAUUCUCAAGGUCAUACCAGGGAUAUAAGUUUUGCCAACAAUAUGUGAAGAUGCACAUUUAGAUGUGACUUAAAAACAAAAUGAAGCAGCUUCAUGUUAUAUUGUCUCGCUGUUAUUUUAAUGUUUAUUCUGUUCUACAAGCUCUGGCGAAUCAAGUGUGUUUUGUUAACAAUGCAGUCAUUAUUUAUGAUAAUUGGUAUGUUUUAAGUUAUUGAUUUCUAUCGUGAUGCCUUUGCUUGUCUGAAAAAAAAAGUAAUUUAUCACAAAUGCAAUGUGGAAAUACUUCAAAUCGGUAUUUUGUAUGAUUGGUCGUUGGUUAACAUGCACUUAACAGUAACUGCUAGGCCUUGUACGAUCUGUUUUUUUUUGUUUUUUUGUUUUUUUUUAAGCCUUGUAUCCCAUUCUCACAACGAUCUGUAUUCCUUGUUUUACAGUGAAACUUUUAACAUGUAAGAUACAUACACAUUCCUCAGCAAACCUCAGAAUCCGCAGCUUUAGUAUUAAAGUAUGUGUGUAAAUGUAAAAGAUGACGCUUGAGUCGGAAAGGGUGGAAAUAAGCAGAUCUGGAGAGACGGCUUAAAAUGAAGGAUUUUCCAUUUGCAAGGUCCUCUGUAGAUGGGAAUAUGUAAGAGUGUGUGUGUGUGUUUGUGUGUGUGCGUGCAUACAUACCUAAUCACCGAGCGCUGCUGCUGUCAGGGUGGCAGGAUUCAUUCACCCUUUGCUUAUGUUCCCUCAGUGGCUUUACCGAGACUUAUCCAACGCACUUUGUCUAAGCUGCACCCUGAGAACGCCUCUCACCCACAUGCACUUCACUGAAGGUCUUCAUAGACAGUAGACCAGAGUAUGCAAUUAAUGCAAGAUGAAGAGUUCUAGUUUUACCUCUUUGUUGUGUGAGUGACCUUCUGACACCACAGACAAAUCAGCUGUUCUGAAAAUACGUUAAUAUAAGCAAUUGUUGAAGGAGGGUUUGUGUUUGUAGGCUGCGAGGCAAAAUGUGGGGAUUUGGGGUGCUGGACAGCGCUACCCCAUAGUGUGUGCAUGUGUGCAUGUUUGCGUGUGUGUGAGUGAAUGUGAAAAGACAAAAGACUGAUCUCGUGCCUCUGGUGACCAGAGGAAGAGCCAUUGGAUCUUGUUCGGAGAUAAGCAGGAAAUACUUGAGGAAGCUAUUAGAAAGCACGUCAGUGGCAUUAUAUUGUGUAAUAGAAAAAGACGUGGGCAGAUGUGCCAUGGAUCAUACUUCCACCACAAGUGUAACAGCAACAUGACAACAUGUGGUAGUAAAAAUUAAAAAACAUAGAGUCCGACUGAGACCUGGAGGGAAACUUUGAUAUUUUUGGACCUGGACCCUGUUUUCCAAUGUUUUUGUGUCGAAGUGACUAAUGGAGACAACAGUAUUCAGAGAGAACGCUGCGGCAAUGUGCACCAUCAAUCUACGUCCAUUUUAAGUGCUUGUUUUUGCCACUGACAGGCUCAGAUUGUUAGAUUGUGUCUGAUAACAUCACCGACCCUGCAGGUAAAUGAAACAAUUUUCUUCUCCUUUCGCUGUUCUGUUUAUUGUUGUGUGUAACCAAGUCUUGCUCAAGGAAAAGUCUCAUCCUAACAUCUCGUGGACUUGCUGAAAUCAGCUAAAUAUUCAGCCCUGACAUUGAAAAUCUUUUAGAUAACACAAAGCGACGCUUUCUGUCCUCCAACACAACAAACUCUUCCUGGCACUUUCCCUUCGAUCUCUCACUAACGUUUCCACUGUUGUUAAUCCUGCAACAAGUCAUCUCUCAUGAAAUUUCAGAACAAGAAUUUAAAUUUCUGUAGACACUUACAAUGGCAAUUCGAGCCUGUCAGUGGCAAAAAUAAGAACAUUAAAUGGACGGCUGAUAACAUCACAGACAGUAUCCUGCAGGGAAAUUAAAGUUUUUUUGUGUGUAACCAAGUCUUGCUCAAGGAAAAGUCUCGUCAUGACUUAUGGAAAUCAGCUCAAUAUUCAUCCAUGACACUGAAAAUCUUUUAGAUAAUACUAAGCUACGCUUUCUGUGCUCCAACUUUUCCCAGCACUUCACCUUCCAUCUUUCGUGAACGUCUCCGCCUUUGUUUAUCCUGCAACAAGUCACCUGUCGUAAGAUUUCAGAACAAGAAUUGUAUUUCUCUGUGGUAAUGGGUGGGACGGUGGUGCAGUGCUUAGCAUUGUCGCCUCACAUCAAGAGGGUUCCUGGUUCGAACCCAGGGCGGGGGCGUGGGUUUUCUCCGGGUACUCCGGCUUCCUCCCACAAUCCAAAGACAUGCAGGUUAAUUGGUGACUCUAAAUUGGCCCUGUGAUAUUCUGGCGCCCUGUCCAGGUUGUACCCAGCCUCUUGCCCAAUAUCAACUGGGAUAGGCUCCAGACCCCCCACGACCCCGAGCAAGAUAAACGGUUACGACUGAAUGAAUGAAAGGAUGAAUGUAGUGUUCUUUUCCGUGACAAUGUCAGACACUGAGCCUGCCAGUGGCAAAAAUGAGCACUUUUAAUGGAUGUAAAUUGACAGUGCACAAAAUGUUUCUCGGUUGCUGACUGUGGACCAAUUUCAGAUAUUGUUGUCUCUAUUAACCACUUUGACACAAAAUCAUGUGAAAACAGCGUCCAGGCUGAAUUAUAACAAAGUCUCCCUUCAACAGUCAAAAACCAUUCAAUGAAAAAAAGCACAAUUUCCGAUCAUGGCUGCGUACAGAUUGCCACUAUUAUCGUCAUUAUUUUGGCUGAAGUGUUUCCGCGUUCACUCUGUAGCUCAGAUGUUUUUGUGAUGAUUAAGAUGCGUGCUUCGCUUUCGCUUCGAUUUUUAUUUGCUUGUUCUCGACAAAGUUUGGUGAAGUCAAAUAGAUAUAUAUCUUAUGAUUAACAAAAUGAAAUUCCAUUCUUUCUAUGAAAGUAAAGCAUCUUGUGUGGAAGAAUCACACUUCAUCCUGUAUGAUCCUGGGAUACGUACGUGGUAUAUAAAUAUAUAUAAAAUAUUGUUUGUUCUCACUCAACUGCUGUGGAAAAAAUGAUCCGGUAUAUAUGCUGAUCAUCACAUUCUUCUGUCUUCGAUGCCUUGUUUUUUUUGUUUGUUUUAUCGUUUCUUAUAAAGUGUAUGAUCGUUUGUGUGUUUGUUUCAUUCUGUUUGGAGGUAAUGCUUGCUAUCUGAUUGUGUCUGACCAACAGAAAUACCUUAAGUGUAUGCUGUGUUUGAUUUGUACAGAAAUGUGGUUUAAAGUAUGUUUAAAGAACAAAAUACCUUGUAAGAAGAGAAAAAAAAUACAGGCCUAAUGAAGCUAACAGAGUGUGGCUUGUGGUCAUAUUUGUAUUAAAUAAAGUUUCUAACUGAAUACA